AAUAAAGAAGACAAUUGAGACAAUGGUUCGAGCAUUGUCUCGUCGAUGUAGCAUUCAAAGUUGGGGAUCUUUUCGUAUUAGGCGAGCAAAUCAUGAUGAUCAUAAUAAUGAUCACGAUGAUGAUCACGAUGAUGAUGAUCAUAAGCAGCAACAACAAUUGAGGACCAUUGAUGCAAGAAAUACAAAUAAACCAAUGGAGGAUCAACCCCCUUUUAUAGGAGAGGCUCCUAAGGAGAAGCCUCAAUCAGAUAUGGACCAAAUGAAGGAAAGGUUUGCUAAGUUGCUUUUAGGUGAAGACAUGUCUGGAGGAGGCAAAGGUGUUUCUUCGGCUUUGGCUUUGUCGAAUGCAGUGACGAAUCUAGCCGCAUCCAUUUUUGGAGAGCAAGGGAAAUUGGCACCAAUGGCACCAGAAAGGAAAGCUAGAUGGAGAAAAGAAAUGGAUUGGCUUUUAUCUGUAACUGAUCACAUUGUUGAAUUUGUUCCUUCACAACAAAAAUCGAAAGACGGGACGAAUAUGGAGAUUAUGGUCACGAAACAAAGGAAGGAUUUGCUUGUUAACAUACCCGGCCUACGAAAGCUCGAUACAUUACUUAUCGAUACACUAGACAAUUUCGGACAAGAACAAGAGUUUUGGUAUGUGUCGAAAAAUGAUGAUCCGGAAAACGAAAGUAGUCGGAGGGAAGGGAAAUGGUGGCAUCCGAAGGUUAAGGUUCCGCCAAACGGGUUGUCGGAGACAUCGCGAAGAUGGUUGUUGUCUGAAAAAGAAGCUGUGAGCCAAGUACUAAAAGCAGCCAUGGCCAUUAAUGCUUCGGUCCUAUCUGAAAUCGAAGUCCCCGAGAGUUACAUCGAUUCCCUCCCUAAGAAUGGGAGAUCAAGCCUUGGUGAUUCGAUUUAUAAAAGUAUAACAGUUGAGUAUUUCGAUCCAGCGUAUUUCCUUUCGUCUAUGGACUUGUCAACCGAACACAAAGUUCUCGACCUUAAGAAUAGAAUCGAAGCAUCGAUAAUUAUUUGGAAGAGGAAGAUGCAUCAUAAAGAAGGAAAGUCGUCUUGGGGUUCCGCCGUUAGUAUAGAGAAACGGGAACUCUUCGAAGAGAGAGUCGAGACGAUCCUUCACCUACUUAAGUAUCGAUUUCCAGGGCUUCCACAAUCCUCACUCGAUAUAUCUAAGAUCCAAGAUAACAAGGACAUAGGACACGCUAUCCUGGAAAGCUAUUCGAGGAUUAUCGAAAGUUUGGCUUUCUCAAUCUUGUCGAGAAUCGAGGACGUCCUUCAUGCCGAUAGCCUUGCACAAUCCUCGUCCUCGAAUUCCGAUGAUGACGCCACGAGGUUGAGUUCUGCGGAGACACCGACACUUUUGGAUUUCAUGGGUUGGGGCAUUGAUCCCCUAAAGAGAAGUUCAAUUGAUAUGGAAAACUUGUUUAAGGUUGAUAGUGACAAAAAAGCAUCCAAGCCUCCGGUUAGUCCGACCCCAAGACCUCCCAUUCCUGAGUUGAGUGACAUUUGAUAUGAAAAACUGCUCGACGAUUAACUGAUGGUAACCUUACAAAGGAAAGGAAAACAAGAGGAACACUAAA